AGAGAAAGAAAAAAAAAAGCAGAGACGGCGAACAGAACACAACAGAGAACGUGGGGGAGAGACAAGGCAAAAAGCUCACCACUUUCGAUUCGAUCCAAAUCAAAAAAAAUUCAAUCUUUAAAUCUUUCAUCAUCUUCUAUCAUCUUCCCCAGAUUCAGAUUCCAAAUCUUCUUUACCAAAAACAAUGGCGGCAGAACCUAACCCUAAGAACUUCCCUGUCCUCUCUUACGUCCUGGCUCGUCUCCCUUCUUUCACCACCAAAUCCCCUUCCUCCUCCGCCGUUCCUCCUCCCUUCGAUAUCGAGCAACCACCAUCAUCUAGCCACUCGAUGGAGAUCGUCACUCAGAUGCCUCAAUUAACACAACCAGAUGUUAUCGCUUCCAUGACCAGUGCGAUCACUGACGUCGCCGAGACUCGAUCCAUCCUCCGAACACUAGGACCUAGACCCGAUCACGAGUCAGUCGACAAGGCUCGUGCUAAGCUCUCGGAGAUCGAAUCUUCCUUAUCUGAAUCCUUUGAGGACAUCGCGCUUACCGACGCGGCUGGGAAAGAUGAGAAGAGGAGACUUGAGAUGGAUCAGGAGAAGACUUGGUGUGAGUCUGUUUUGAAGCUUGAUGAGGUUCAUGCUUCGUAUGAGAAGCUUUUGAAAGAAGCAGAGGAGAGGCUUGUUAGGAUUUAUGAGUCUGCUGAGAAGAAUGCUGCCGAGGAUGAGGAUAAUGUUGCCGCCGUUGAGGUUAAUGAGGAGGUUGUGGGGAUACUGCAGCACGCUUCCGCUAAUCCGGUUGAUCGGGUUGAUUUGUCUGGGAGGAAGCUGAGAUUGCUUCCUGAGGCAUUUGGGAGGAUUCAAGGGCUGCUUGUUCUUAACCUCUCCAACAAUAAGCUUGAGGCGAUUCCUGAUUCAAUAGCUGGAUUGCAUAGUCUUGUUGAACUGGAUGUCUCCACGAAUUCUCUGGAGACAUUACCUGAUUCUAUCGGUUUACUCUCCAAACUGAAAGUCCUGAAUGUUUCAACCAACAAGCUCUCUGUUUUGCCUGAUUCCAUCUGCCGGUGUGGGUCAUUGGUUAUCUUGGACGUGAGCUUCAACCGUCUCACCUACUUACCCACCAACAUCGGACUUGACCUAGUGAAUCUAGAAAAGCUCUUGAUCCAGUAUAACAAGAUCCGCUCCUUCCCUACCAGUAUAGGUGAAAUGAGAUCCCUAAAACACCUUGACGCCCACUUCAAUGAACUGCAUGGCCUUCCUGAUACUUUCGUGUUGCUAGCAAACCUUGAGUACUUAAACCUAAGUAGCAACUUCAGUGACCUCAAGGAUCUCCCUGCCCCAUUCGGCGACCUCAUAAGCCUCCAAGAACUCGACUUGAGUAACAACCAAAUCCAUGCCCUCCCAGAUAGUUUUGGCACUCUCGAAAGGCUGACCAAACUGAACGUGGAGCAGAACCCACUCGUGGUCCCACCCAAGGAAGUGGUGAAGGAAGGUGUGGAAGCUGUGAAGAAGUACAUGGGUCAGAGAAGGAUCAGAAUGUUGGAAGAAGAAGAGAAGAUGAAAAUGGAGAAGGAGAUGGAGCAGGCAAACGCUGGGUGGCUCACACGAACCACAUCUAAACUGAAAACUUAUGUGGCAGACGUUUCAGAGUAUCUCGGAUCGCCAACUUUUCGAGACCCUUACCUUGAGCGAGAGCUAUAAUGUGACUUGGCUCGAAGACCAAAGAGGUUGUUCUUCCUCCUUUUUAGGCAUUCAGUAUAUAAUGAAGGGUCUCUCUUCGUUACUGUGUUGUCUGCUGUGAUUCUUUCUGACGGGUAAGGCCUGUCAUUAACUUAGGUUCAAACUUAAAAAGAGACUCGGGUGAUGUGAUAACAUGGGUCCAGCUAAUAAAAUGAAAUAUACAUUUUUUUAUUUGUGAACCUCAAUUUUUUUGUAUUUUGCCCUUUCUAAAGAAACUGUGAAAGUGUGGAUUGGGUUUGUGCCUAUUCUGCUUUGUGGGUUUGGUUGGAUUUAAUAAGAAGCAUAUUGAUGAUUGCUUCAUA